AUGGGUGGACAAAAGAUUAAAAAAGGAACUAGAGGAGAAAGUGCAAUGUUUAUUACAAGAGCACAAGCAAUAAAACGUCUCCAGGUAUCUUUAGCAGAUUUUAGAAGACUUUGUAUUUUGAAAGGAGUUUAUCCAAGAGAGCCAAAAAAGAAAUUGAGUGGUUUGGAUAAGACUUACUAUCAUUUAAAAGAUAUUAUUCAUUUAAAGUAUGACCCAAUAUUAUCAAAAGUAAGAGAAUUAAAGAUACAUUUGAGAAAAUAUAGAAAAGCAAUGGGACGCAAUGACAAAACUAAGGCUCGUUCAAUUAGAGAAAAUAAACCAAUAAUUACUUUACAACAUAUUGUUAAGGAAAGAUAUCCAUGUUUUGUUGAUGCAUUAAGAGAUUUAGAUGACGCACUUUCAACUUGUUCAUUAUUUGCAUCACUAGGAGCUGAUGAUAGUCAUAGUAUUCACUCUAAUAUGAUCAAGAAAUCGACUUAUUUAAUUGAUGAGUUUAUGUAUUUGGUUUCAGAACUUGGAUUCUUGACCAAAUCUUUUAUUUCUGUCAAAGGAUUCUACUUCCAAGCUAAGAUUCUUGGUGAGACAAUUACAUGGCUUAUUCCACAUCAAUUUGCACAAAAAAUUCCAGAUGAAGUAGAUUUCAAAGUAAUGUCGACAUUUUUAGAGUUUUAUCAUUCAUUAUUAAAGUUUGUUAAUUUUAAGUUAUACCAACUUAAUAAUUUGACUUACCCCCCAUCAAUUAAUACUCAGGUUUUUGACAACGGAGGAAGAUUCCUGGCUCUUCAUGCAUAUAAUCUUUCUAAACUAAACUCUAGUAUUCCUUCAAGCAUUGAACAGAAGGUAGAAAAGAAACGUAUUUUUGAAGGACUCACAUUUUUUAUUUCGAGAGAAGUUCCACUCCUUCCUUUGGCUUUUGUAAUAAGAAGCUUUGGAGGAAAAGUUGGAUGGGAAAACCAAUUUUCGAGCAUUAAACAAGGUGAUGAGACAAUUACACACUAUAUUGUUGAUAGACCUGUUAAUUUUCUUAAGAGUUUCAUAGAUAAACACCCAAAUUGUGAAUUUAUUCAACCUCAAUGGGUAUUUGACUCUAUGAACGAGUCAAUUAGACUACCUACACGUCCUUAUGGCCCUGGAGAAAAGUUACCACCCCAUCUUUCUCCUUUUGUUGAUGAUAGUACUCAAGGUUAUGUUCCAACACAAAGACAAGUUCUUGAUGAAAUUAAGGAAUCAAGUAGCAAUAAGUCGCGAGCUUAUUUGUCUGGAGAUGAAUCCACAGAAAUUGACGACCUUUCAGAACAUGAUUCCGAUAUUGAAGUCCAACAGGCCAGAGAGGAUGCUUACUUUGACUCUAUUGAGAAAGAACAGUCAUUUUCUGAUUUAAAUAUGGCUGAUUCACUUGAGACAGAGCCUAAUUCGUUCAGUAAUUCAAAAGAUAAGGUAAAUAUUGCUAGAAAGCUUGCAAAGAAGCGUAAAGAAGAAGAACAGAGAGAACAACAAAAAACUCUUUUGAAAAAGAAACACAAGAGACUAUUACAGAGAAUUGAAUAUUCCAACAAGAUUGCUUCUGAAAAGGCGGAAAGAUUGGAGUCCCGAAGAAAACUACUAAAUGAGAAGAAAUGA